AAGCAGUCGCGCUGACUGCAGCCGGUACCAGUACACAAAAAUAAAGCAAACUAAUAAGACGUUAAGUGAGGAGUUAAAAGUUAAGUUAAACACAAUGCCUGCCAUUGGUAUUGAUCUUGGAACAACAUACUCCUGUGUGGGAGUGUGGCAACAAGGGAAAGUCGAAAUCAUCGCCAACGACCAAGGUAACAGAACAACACCCAGCUAUGUUGCCUUCACGGACACCGAGCGACUCAUUGGAGACGCAGCUAAGAACCAGGUGGCGAUGAAUCCAUCCAACACCGUCUUCGACGCCAAACGGCUCAUCGGCAGAAAGUUCGACGAUCCCAAAGUCCAAAGUGAUAUGAAGCACUGGCCUUUCAAGGUCAUCAGCGAGGGUGGUAAGCCAAAGAUCCAGGUGGAGUUCAAAGGAGAAGUCAAGAGGUUCAACCCGGAGGAAAUCAGUUCGAUGGUCCUCACCAAGAUGAAGGAAACCGCCGAGGCUUACCUGGGACAAAAAGUGAGAGACGCGGUUAUCACAGUGCCAGCAUACUUCAACGAUUCGCAGCGUCAGGCCACCAAAGACGCGGGUGCGAUUGCUGGAUUGAACGUCCUCAGAAUCAUCAACGAACCCACCGCUGCUGCUCUAGCCUACGGGCUAGACAAAAACCUGAAAGGUGAGAAGAAUGUGCUAAUAUUUGAUCUCGGUGGUGGUACCUUUGACGUUUCCAUCCUGUCAAUCGAUGAGGGAUCACUCUUCGAGGUCAAAUCAACUGCCGGUGACACACAUCUUGGAGGAGAGGACUUCGACUCGAGAUUAGUUGACCAUCUUUGCAAGGAGUUCGAACGGAAAUACAGGAAGAAUCUCAAGACCAACCCCAGAGCUCUUCGAAGAUUGAGAACAGCUGCUGAACGUGCCAAACGUACUCUGUCAUCCAGUACCGAAGCCAACAUCGAGAUCGAUGCUCUCUUCGAGGGUAUCGACUUUUACACCAAAGUCUCGAGAGCACGUUUCGAAGAACUCUGUGCUGAUCUCUUCCGGUCGACUCUGGAGCCUGUGGAAAAAGCACUGGCUGACGCCAAGCUCGACAAAAGAUCCAUCCAUGACGUCGUCCUCGUGGGAGGUUCUACUCGCAUCCCCAAGAUCCAGUCGAUGCUCCAGAACUUCUUCUGUGGAAAAGCACUCAACUUGUCCAUCAACCCCGACGAGGCCGUGGCUUAUGGUGCAGCCGUGCAAGCAGCCAUCUUAACCGGAGAGGGCGACAAAAACUCCGCCCUCCAGGAUGUUCUUCUUGUGGACGUUGCUCCCUUAUCUCUGGGUAUUGAAACUGCAGGUGGAAUGAUGACCAACAUUAUCGAGCGCAAUGCCCGUAUUCCCUGCAAACAGUCCCAGACAUUCACCACGUACGCUGACAACCAGCCAGGCGUUUCUAUCCAAGUCUACGAGGGUGAACGAGCAAUGACCAAGGACAACAAUCUGCUCGGCAAAUUCGAGCUCAGUGGAAUAGCACCUGCUCCACGUGGUGUGCCAAAGAUCGAUGUCACCUUCGACAUGGACGCCAACGGAAUUUUGCACGUUACCGCUAAGGAUACCGCCAGUGGUCGUAGCAGUGACGUUCGAAUCACCAACGACAAGGGACGUCUCUCCAAGGAGGAAAUCGAUCGCAUGCUUUCUGAUGCUGAACGGUACCGCGAACAAGAUCAACAACAGCGGGACAAAGUAGUAGCUCGUAACCAACUUGAGAGCUACGUCUUCUCGGUCAAGCAAGCUGUCCAGGACAACGGAUCACGUUUGAGCCAGUCUGACAAAGACCAGGUCACUCAGCUUUGCGAUGAAGCCAUUCAGUGGCUAGACAACAACACCUUAGCCGACCAGGAAGAGUACAAACACAAAUUAGACGAGCUUCAAAAGCAAUGCUCUCCAAUCAUGACCAAACUCCAUCAAGGUGGUGGAGGCGCCAACCCUGCAGAUUUCCAGAACUGUGGAGCACAGUACGCCCAGGGAAACAAUAACAACAACUACUCCGGGCCAACGGUUGAAGAAGUUGACUAAACAACAUCGUGAUCUCUACAUUCCUGAACAAUAAAAAAAAAAAAAAAAAACCAAGCCAAAACAAACAAAUGUAAA